CAACUUGUUUGCAAUGUAUUUCAUUUAAAAACUUAGCAAUAUUUACUGAUAAUAAAACAAUUGCGUCACAGGAUCGAACCACAUCUGUGGAUCCAUUCAACUGAUAAGGGUUGUUUUUUCUCGUUCCAACCAGUUUACCACAACUGGUCAAAAGCCGUGGCAUGUGCUUUCCUGUCAUGGUUUGUACAGAAACGGAACUGGCGGAACACGACAAGAUGGCGCACACUGUGGAAAUCGACGCCGAAGUUUUACGACGCGAUGGUUUUGGUGAUGAAAAAUGGUUCACAUGUUUAGUGGCGGAGCCAGUGCCAGCUGAGAAAACGGAAAGUGACACCCCGAAGCUGAUUGGCCACGCGUUUUGGUUCUACACAUUCCGGACCGAGUAUGGCCGAAGUAUGUACAUAGAGGACCUAUACGUCCAGGAGCAUUACCGCAGGAAGGGGGUGGGUCGCGCCCUCUGGAGGGAAGCGGCGAAGAUUGGUCUUGGAAAGGGAUGUCGCAACAUCGUGUGGUCAUGUUUAUCCUGGAACAAGCUGGCCAUUUGUUUCUAUGACAGAAUAGGCGGAAAUGACGUCACUGUAAAGGAAGACUGGCACACAUUUCGAAUGGAUUAUGCAGAAAUGAAAAAAAUUGCUGACGAGGCAUGAUUUAUGCACAGUAACGAAAACUAAUCUGUGUAAUCCAGCCCCUGCAAUUGUCUGCGACAAUCGGCAAUGCCGUGGAGAUUGCCGCGGAUUUGUGUGGGGUUUUUUUUAUUGGAUUUUAUUUUUCAAGAUGUAUUUUUUCCUUAUUGUUAAAAAUAAAAUAUACUUUGUGAACUGAAAACAGAUUAAAAGUAAAUAUUAAAAGGGAAGGGAACUAUUUUUAUGUGCCCAUAUCCCGAAGGUUCAGGCACGCCCACCCCGGACCAAUUCCGGGGAAGGAGGGUCAUCAGACAAGUGUUUGAUUCUAUGUUCAGUAUUAUUGUGAACACAUACUGACCUGUGUUUACCAUAUUCAUCGAAUACAGUUAAUGUUAAAGUUUGUUUUGUUUAAAGAUACCACUAGAGCACAUUGCU